UCUGGGUCAGUCUGUGGCGAUCCAGCGAGAUGCAGGCAGCAUUUUUAUUAGCUUUGGUUGGCAACGCUUUGCUGGUGAGUGGCCAGUUCGAUCCUCAUUGGUGGCCGGGUCGUAGUGGCAUAGUUCAGCUAUUCGAGUGGAAAUGGAACGACAUCGGAGAUGAGUGUGAACGUUUUCUUGCUCCGAUGGGUUUCGGAGGAGUUCAAAUUUCACCACCUACGGAAAACUCUAUCAUUUUGGAUCCAUUUCGCCCCUGGUGGGAAAGAUACCAGCCAGUGUCUUAUUAUCUGAAUACCCGUUCCGGUAAUGAGGCUGAAUUUGCACAGAUGGUGCGUCGCUGCAAUGCAGUAGGAGUUCGAAUUUAUGCGGAUGUGGUUUUCAAUCAGAUGGCUGCAACUACCCAACAUGGCGGAGGUGGCGGAUCAACAGCAGAUGUGACUCGUCUUAGUUAUCCAGCGGUUCCAUACAAUGCAUCGGACUUCAACGUCAAUUGUCAAGUUGAUGAUAAAAGCAAUCCAAUUGAGCAAAGAAACUGUCGCCUGUAUGGUUUACCGGAUCUAAAUCAGAAAUCUGAAUGGGUUCGAGAUAGAAUAAUGCAUUUUUUGAACAAAUUGAUUAUCUACGGAGUGGCAGGCUUCCGUGUGGAUGCAGCUAAGCACAUGUGGCCAGGAGAUCUGCAAGCGAUAUAUAGUAGCCUUUCCAAUCUCGCCCAGAACCAUGGCUUUCCUCAAAACGCACGACCUUUCAUCACUCAGGUUGUAGUGGACAUGAGUGGUGAUGGUAUUUCCAAGCACGAAUACACCGCUCUUGGAACCAUCACUGAGUUCCGUUACUCUGAUACAAUUGGAUACAUUUUCAGUGGACAGCAGCGUCUAUCUGAUCUUAGCACCUGGGGACCAGCCUGGGGAUUCCCUCCUUCUGAAAGAACACUGGUUUUUGUGGAUAAUCAAGUAAACCAAAGAGGCCAUGGCCCAGGUAAAGGUCACGUUUUAACUUACAAAGAUGGUAAAAACUACAUAAUGGCAACGGCAUUCAUGUUAGCUCAUACUUAUGGAAUUCCAAGGGUUAUGAGUUCAUAUAACUUCAACAACGGGGACCAUGGACCUCCAUCAGACUUAAAUGGUAAUAUUAUUUCUCCCACAAUAACCCCAGAUGGGUUAUGCGCAAAUGGUUGGGUCUGUGAGCACCGGAUGAAUCCGAUAGCGAAUAUGAUUGGCUUCAGAAACGCUGUCGCUGGAACGGAAAUAAAUUAUUGGGUAGACAACGGUAGAUAUCAGGUUGCGUUCUGUCGGGGGAAUCAAGGAUUCAUUGUUUUCAACCUAGAAGUAGCGGAUCUAGAUCAAAUUAUGCAAACAUGUCUGCCGGCUGGAAAGUACUGUGAUGUGAUCACUGGAAAAGUGAAUGAAGGAGUUUGUACCGGGUAUACAAUUGAGGUUGAUACAAACGGCCUUGCUAGAAUAUAUGUUGCUGCCUUUGGAGGGUACGGUGUGUUAGCGGUACAUGUUGGCGCUAGAAUACAGUGA